AUGUCCCUUCCUCUCCCCGUGCCCAUCCCAUCCUCCCGUUCCCUUCCGGGGGCUCUGACCCUUCUCCCCUCCAUCCCCCAGGUGAAGAUCUGGUUCCAGAACCGGCGCUCCAAGUUCAAGAAGCUCUACAAGAACGGCGAGGUUCCCCUGGAGCACAGCCCCAACAACAGCGACUCCAUGGCCUGCAACUCCCCUCCCUCCCCGGUGUGGGACAGUCCCGGCGGCAGCGCCCGGACCCCGCUGCCGCAGCCGCUGCCCUACAGCUCCUCUCCGGGGUUCCUGGAGGAGCACAACCCCUGGUACCACCCCCAGAGCCUCAGCGGCCCCCACGGACCCCACCAGCCGCAGGCGGCCCCCCCGAUGCACCACCCGUCCCCCGGGCCCCCCAGCACGGGCGCCGUGUACUGAGGGUGGCCGGGGGGCUCAGAGACUCUGCACAGCUCCUUGGCCUCCUUUUCUCCCCCCUCAAACCCCCUCCGCCCCCCUUUUGGUUUUGUCUCCUUAUUUUUUUCCUAAAAUGAAAAAGCAAAAAAAAAAAACUAGAAACAAGCGACGACCAACAAAGCAAAGGAAAGGACCCCCCCGUGCACCCCUAAAAAUCCUCUCUCCUCACCCCCCUGCUCAUCUCAGGAACCAGAGGACUGCAAAGGCUUCAGACGCUCCCAGCGCAGGAAAAGGCGGAAAAUCCAAAAAGGUGGAAGAUCCAAAGGUGGAAAAUCCAAA